AUGUCAAGAGGACGAUCAACAUCUUUUGAUAGUCAAGAUGAGAAAACAAGGUCGAAUGUUUUUCAAAUCGAUGUUAUAUCACACACAAGUAUAGAUAAUCAUGUAUUAAAUAAUACUGAAAUAAAUGUUGAUGAUAAUAAAAUUUUAUUAUCACCAAAUAAAACUAAUCUUCAUCGAAAUUUAAAAGAACGACAUAUGAUUAUGAUUGCAUUAGGUGGAACAAUUGGUACUGGAUUAUUUUUAGCAUCUGGACAAGUAUUAGCAUCAUCAGGACCUGGUGGUUCUCUUAUUUCUUAUAGUAUUGUUUCAAUUAUGGUUUAUUUUGUUAUGACAACUUUAGCUGAACUUUCAACACAAUAUCCAAUAAGUGGUUCAUUUAGUACAUAUGGAAGUCGUUUUGUUGAUGAAGCAUUUGGUUUUGCAUUAGGUUAUAAUUAUUAUUUAGCUGGUGUAACAGUAAUUGCUAGUAAAUUAAUAGCUGCUGGAAUUAUUGUACAAUUUUGGUUACCACAUUUUCCAACGAUUAUUUGGUCUCUAUUAGGAAUGAUAAUAAUGUUUAUAUUAAAUGCAUUUACAGUAAAAAUUGGUUUAUUAGUUGAUAUAGGUGUACUUGGACAUGUUAAAAUUGGAUUUCAUAAUUGGAAAAUUGAUGGUGCACCUUUUUAUAAAGGUAUAAGUGGAAUUGUUACUAGUUCAAUUGCUUCGAGUUUUGCAUUUGGAGGUACAGAAACUAUUGGUGUAACAGCAGGUGAAAGUGCAAAUCCUCGUCGUGAUGUUCCACGUGCAAUGCAUGGAACUAUUUGGCGUAUUAUUUUAUUUUUUGUUGGAUCAAUUUUUAUAAUGGGUCUUGUUAUUCCAUAUAAUGAUCCUAGUUUAGUUCAUAAUGAAAUUAAAAGUGUAGAUGUAUCACCAUUUACACUUGUUUUUAUUAAAUCAGGUCUUAAA